UCUGAAGCUCAUUUAAAGAUGUGGUCCCAGAUAUCUUUCAGAUUAUUAGCCGUGGUGUGUGUUAUUUCGCUUUCUACAUCACAUAUAAUUCCUAUUGUUCCUUUGGUCAACCCGUUAAUCCGCAAUGCCAUCAUCGGUCGACAGAUUAUUGGCCGACAGAUCCUCGGACAACAGCUGCUGGGCCAACAACUUGUCGGACGACAGCUUCUCGGGGCAGCAGCCCUUCAGCAGGGGCAGAUGUUAGCCGUUAACCAUGCACUCGGUGCUAACGCUGCCUUAGCAGGUGCAAAUGCCGCAAGUGGUGCAGCUGCUGCUGUUGGUGCAAAUGCUGCAGCUGCUGGUGCCAAUGCUGCCACGACUGCUGCCGUAGGUGCUGCAACAGUCGCUGGUGCUAUCGGUUCUGGUGGUAUACCCGGAAACAUGGGUUUAGCCGGAAACGUGGGUAUACCCGGAAACAUGGGUUUAGCCGGAAACCUGGGUUUAACCGGAAACGUGGGUGUGGCUGGAAACAUGGGUGUGGUCGGAAACAUGGGUGUGGUCGGAAACAUGGGAUUGGCUGGCAAUACCAUGACAGUGAAUAAUGUGGCUACUAUACCUGCUGGAGUUACCAUCACCAACACCAAUCCUACUCAAGAUCUUGGAGUUUUCACAACUGGAGGAUCAGCUGGUGCAGUGAUUGGAACUGGAUCGAUGAUCAACGGCGGAUCGAUGAUAAACGGUGGAUCUGUGAUAAAUGGUGGAUCAGUGAUAAACGGCGGAUCAGUACUUAACACCGGAUCAAUUAUUGGAAGCGGAUCAGUGAUGGGUGGUUCUAUAACCGGAACUGACGCAGGGGAAGUCUUAGAUUUAACAGGUCAAGAGAAGAUCGGUGAAGUACUAUCAACCGUGAACGGUUUGGUAGCGAUUAAUGUGAACGCUCAGAUGAUUCUAGGCGAGGUCGUGGAUCGUGGAGUUCAGGGUAUGUUCGUUGUUAAUAACGGAGCCACCAUUGGUCGAGUUAUUUUGGAUAACGCUAGUACAAUCAAUUAUAGAAUAUAAUUUACAUCAAUAUAUCAACGGUUCAUUGACUCCAUAAAUACCUCAUAGAGAAAGAUGGAACGUGAUAAACAUUUGAAAUUUUGAAUUUGAUUUUGAUUGGACCCCGAGGGACUUGACGUCAUAUUGAAUUAAUGACGUCAUUUAAUAUCUCACCUUCCCUGUUUAAGUAGUCAAUGGACUGAACGUGACGUCAAAGGCAGGGCAUGCUAACUGUAACUUAUUAAUAUUGAAAUACUAAAAUUAGCUGGACUAAUACCCUAAGAGCAGAAUUCAAAGUGACUCUACACCCGAUUAUUUUGGGGGAUUAUUUAAUGAGUGUUUUUAUUUGUAAUAAAUUAUUUUCUUAAAUUU